GCGGAGGCCCUGCACCGCCGAGCUCUUGCAGGGCGCGAAGCGCACCUCGGUGCGAAUCACCCGGACACGCUUCAGUCCAUGAACAACCUGGCUGCCCUCCUGCGGCAGCAGGGGAAGCUGGCUGAGGCGGAGGAGCUGCAGCGCACAGCCCUCGCGGGGCGAGAAACACAACUCGGUGCCGACCAUCCCAAGACGCUUGAGUCGAUCAGUCACCUUUCUGUUGUCCUGCAGCAGCAGGGAAAGCUAGAUGAGGCAGAAGGUCUCCACCGCCGAGCCUUGGAAGGUGGCGAGUCCCAACUGGGAGCCAAACACCCCGACACGCUCACCUCGGCUAACAACUUAGCCUUUCUCUUGUACAAACAGGGCAAGUUGGAGGAGGCUGAGCAGCUGUAUCGAAGAUCGUUGAAUGGACGGGAAUCUCAGCUCGGCUUCGGGCAUCCUGACACCCUCAUCUCGGUCUUUAAUCUGGCAGACCUUUUGGAGGCUAAAGGCUCCUUCAUGGAGGCGGGCCAGCUAUAUGUCCGACAUUUUCAAGGUUUGGAGGAGCUCCAUGGUCCGAAUCACACACUGACCCAACGAAGCCGCAGCAACUUGGAGCGAUUCCAACGAGAGCAUGGCCCAGUUGGCUGA